AAAAACAGGAAUUCUUCCCGUGUUAUCAGAUACUGAAAUUGACGAUUCUACUUUUGCUAUUCAAAACUUAACAGAUUUAGAAAAUGAUGUUGAUGAUUUAAUCGUAGACUUAAUGACGAAUUCACAGGAUCCGACAAUCGAACGCCAGGUAAAUGAAUUCAACUGCAUGAAUCAUUCUCAAAUACUUACUGAAGAUAUGCUUGACGAAGAAGAAAUCGUUAACAUUGUGUUGGAAGAACAACUAGAACUUGAAUAA